AUGGAAGAGAAGGGUAGUUCCAAUGGUCGCCCACUCAUUCUGGCAGACUACCGGACCACGAGUACGUUCGAAGAGAUCCCUGUCAUUGACGUGCAAGACUUGAUGAGCUCGGACCCUAAGGUACGCAGAGCACUGGCUGAUGAGAUUAGAGACGCGUGCACGAACGUGGGAUUUUUCUACGUCGAGAACCAUACCGUACAGCCGUCAGUCAUUGAGGGUGCGUUGGCGGCUGCAAAGAACUUUUUUUCUCUGCCGCUGUCGGAGAAGAUGUCCUUGGACAUCCACAAGAGCGCGAAUUUCAAGGGUUACACUGCCCUCCUGGGCGAAAACACGAACCCGGAGAAUCGAGGUGACUUGCACGAGGGAUUCGACAUCGGGUGGGAAAAGAUGUUCGGAGGUUCGCGUUCCGACGACGGUGCAAUGACUGGCAAUAACGUCUGGCCGGAGGGGCUGCCCGGCUUUAGAGAAAGUGUCCUCGACUAUUAUCAUGCUGCAGUGCUACUUGGCAAGCUGCUCUUCCCGAUAUUCGCUCUGGCACUCGACCUACCGGAGAAUUUCUUUGACGAUAAGACUACUAAUCCGGCUGCCAUCAUGCGUCUGCUAUAUUAUCCACCACAGACGGGGGUCGUGGACGACAGAGUGGUCGGUAUUGGUGCUCAUACGGACUAUGAGUGUUUCACGAUCCUGUGGCAAGACGGAGUGCAAGCGUUGCAAGUGUGCAAUAACGAGGGGAAGUGGAUCGAUGCCGUCCCCAUUCCGGGGACGUUUGUCGUGAACUUAGGUGAUCAGCUUGCUCGGUGGACAAAUGAUGUGUUCAAGUCGACACUACAUCGAGCGGUCAAUCGAUCUGGAGUCGAGCGAUAUUCGAUCCCCUUAUUCUUUGGUACCGACUACAAUGUCAAGCUGGAGCCAUUGCCUAGUUGCGUGUCGGAGGACAACCCUGCAAAGUACGAAGUCGUCUGUGCAGGUGACUAUGUCAAGUCCCGUUUGGAGGCGACGUAUGCACAUUCGAAAUGA